GGAGCUUGCCGCUGCGGCUUCUAAAGAGUAAGCGGCGCGGUAGGGAAAGCCGCUGAACCCACCUGGUUAGCCGGCGAGUUGAGUGGCGAACCUUUUGAAACAGAUGGUCACCAUGUUUAGAUAUUAGCAGUCCCGUAUGUGCAGGUCUGCGUUUGAAAAUGGCAGAGGGAAACAGCAAUGAAGAGGUGAUUCACUUGAACAACUUUCACUGCCAUCGGGGACAAGAUUAUCCAAAGAGAGAAGAUAGAAUCAUCAUAAAUCCCAGUAGCAGUCUGCUGGCCAGCCAGGAUGAGACAAAGUUGCCUAAAAUAGACUUUUUUGACUAUUCUAAAUUGACUCCUCUUGACCAGCGCUGCUUCAUCCAAGCUGCUGACCUCCUCAUAGCAGACUUCAAAAUGCUCAGUAGUCAGGAUAUCAAGUGGGCCCUGCACGAGCUCAAAGGACACUAUGCAAUCACCCGAAAGGCCUUUUCUGAUGCCAUGAAAAAAUGUCAGGAGCUAUCACCAGAAAGCGGUGGAAAAAGGAAGAAGAGAAAAGAAAUGAACCAGUAUUCUUACAUCGAUUUCAAGUUUGAACAAGGUGACAUAAAAAUAGAAAAGAGGAUCUUCUGUUUUGAAAAUAAGCGACGACAUUGUAGGUCCUAUGACCGGCGUGCUCUCCUUCCAGCUGUGCAACAAGAGCAGGAGUUCUAUGAGCAGAAAAUCAAAGAGAUGGCAGAGCAUGAAGACUUAGCUUGCCCUGCAGAUGAAUGAAGAAUAGUAUCAAAAGGACGGCCAGCUGAUUGAGUGUCGCUGCUGCUAUGGGGAAUUUCCAUUCGAGGAGCUGACGCAGUGCACAGAUGCUCACUUGUUCAGAUACACCCAAGAGGCAGUCUUUGGAUCUGGAAAG